CUUACUUCCGGUGUUUUCAAGCUCUCUUUCCGUACAAUCGUGUUGAUAUAUCUUUUUAGAAACCUGUUUAUUAUGUUACGUUUUGUUUGUGAAUUUGCUGUAUGGAUGUAGCGGACCUAACGUACACACGAAUCAAUUGACGACUUUAAAUUUCGUUGCGUAAUUGGUCGACGGGGCCGUUUCGAGUCAUAAACUAAGCUGUUUGCUUGUUUGUUAGACAUUACAUGUUGUCGGACAAAACUGCUCCGGGCCUAGAAUUAUAUUAGUUCUGACUCACUGCUCUCUUACAUAUUAAAUAAUGAACAUUUUGCCCAAAAAGAGCUGGCAUGUGCGCAAUAAGGACAACAUUGCGCGCGUGCGCCGCGACGAGGCUCGUGCAGCGGAGGAAGAGCGCGAGAUUCAGCAGCGAGUGGAUCGCGCAGAGCAAGAGGCUCGAACCGAAUUUUUAAGGAAGAAAUCUAGAGGAGUCCUUCAGCAGACGGGGGAAGUUGGAGAGACGGUGGAGUCCAGCAGAGGAGCCAGAGAGAUAGAACAUCUCAAUCUGUUUCCUCUGGAGGACUCGUCGGAAAAGAAAGGAAAUGCAGAAUACCUCAAAGAGAAGAAGGAAGAGAAGGAGAAGCAGGAGCGUGCCAUUGGGCUUUUGGUGUCUCUAGGUCCUGCACCUGGAACAGAAGUCACUCCCUGGUACCUGAAAGAUGGAAAGGCAAAAGAGGAAGAGAGAGGAAAAAAUGAGAAAAGCAAAACCAUGCACAGAAGCUUAACUGAAGAGGAGAGAGAAAAGAGAGACAGGAAGCUGAAAGACAUUUUGGAUCCUCUUAAGGAAAUGAAGAAAGCACUGGCAGUGAAGGAUGGGAAGGAGAAAAAGCAUAAGAAAAAGGAGAAGAGAGACAGAGGAGAGAAGAGGAGUGGAGAGAGUUCAAUUGAAAGGUUACGGGCAGAGCGGCUGCAGAGAGAAGCAGAAGAGAGGAAACGGACACAGGCUUUACUGGAACAGAGGAGCGGAGGCGGAAAAGAAAAAGAGCCUGAGCGAGAGAUGGGGGAUAGAGACAGACCAUACAACAGCGCCUACUUUCCUGAAUUGGCAAGGAAAAGGCAAAGGAGAGACAGAGAUCAGUAUGGCUUUUAUUAGCUUACAACACUAAUGAUUCACUAAGUCUAGAAUUUGCAGAACUGUUUCGUGUUCGGACAAGAAAUUAAGCCACGUGCAAUGUGUGAAGACCGUUUAAAAUAAAUGAUUGCUACCUAAAAGCAAUCGAUCUGCCCUCUGCAACACUUUUAUUGGCAUCAGAUGAGUUGGUUUUAAAAAAAUGUACAAACAGGAAAUUUUCUUUCUUGCUGUUUUUCUGUGCUGGCGGCACCAGAGCGAUUAAAUUGUUGUAAAAAUGACAUCUUUUGAUUUGUAGGAACUGCAUCAGAGUUGUUUUCCGCUACAGUUCUGAGGCAUCAGCAUUAAAAUGUGGGCCAGCCAUUAUUAUGAGACUAAGAACAUCUUCCCUUUAGUGCUGAUGCUGGAGCCUGAAAUAUUUCUCUCCUGUUGUGUAAAUGCAUUCUACUGUCAGACCCUACAGUGAUUAUCUUUUUUAUGAUAAAUACUUUAAAAUAGUAUAUAUCACAAAUCUGUAGCAAUAUUUGUGAAAAUGUAAAUAAAUAAAAAAACAUGAAAAUAAUGCACAAAAAA